AUGAGGAAAGGAUACGGUCACUCGGGUCAAAAAGAUCUCGCAUACCGGUGCUACGAUGUGGCCAAAAUUGAGCGCCCUGAAUUGGUGAACACAGGCCCGUACGGUGUGUGGUGUGUGGACAACUGCGGAGUGGAAGUAGUUUGCGGUGGAACGGUCAACGUUGAGUCUACCAUGCACUGGACAAGCCCGGUCAUGUCCACUUGGGUUCUGGAGGGCAAACUCCUGUUCUGUUCGGCGUACCAGAGUGCACUACAGAGUUUGUGCGACAACGCUUUCCCCGGAUCGCUUGUCAGAUACGGUGUGUCCCCGGAGCAGGGAAGUGCACCCGUCGACGACAGUUGGAGAUGUGUGAAAUCGCCGCUUGUCGUGUAUGAGGGACACGCGAAGUGCCUGGACAGCUGUGCCAGGAUAAGUACCUGUGCUGGCGGAAGACAAGCAACCGGGUCCUCGGAUUGGAGCUUGCAGCGGCAGCUUCCACCUGACCAGGUUGACGCCGCAUUACGCGACGUGGCGCCUCCCUGCCUGCCGACGCAGACCUGUGUAGCUAGCUCGAGAAAUCCUCCACAGUGUACAGCAGGGGAAUCUGGAGCGGGAGCGAGCGGUGGCAACGUCGCAGCAACCAUGCACCUUGAAGAUGGCGACACUUUGGAAACCACCUUUUCCUCUCUAGUCGUUGGGGUCAGAAUCGGAGACUGUUAUCUGGCGAAGCUUGACUUGGCGUCACAACGGGUCGAGGUUGGAAGUGGGGAUCGUUCUACAGUUAUUUCAACGGCGCCAGCCACCCCGCCUUCUAAGCUGUCAGUACAUCGCAGGGGUAAUGAGGUGACCUUGACGCUGCAGUACAACAUGGGCACCGAAUCAAGUAAUUCACUCUUCUACGCCCAACCAGAUGCGUCAUGUGUCGGUAGAGAACCCAUUGUUUUCGAGGGUUUGGAACCGGAGGCACGGGUUUCCCGCGGUCGUACAGAGAGCAUUUCGAGCUGAGUUCAGUAACGCGGAUGAGGUUCUGCGGCAGGGAAGUGUGCAUCUGUCGUCAGCAUUGCAACACAUUCCUGUGUUGUGCUACUCCACGUGGACAGCCA